GGAAGAGGCCAUUGGGAGCUGUUUCGUGAGAUUAAAUUUGAGGGCUGUGCACACAGCUGUUAUCUUGCCAUCGCUGCACGUGAUGAUGAGAUCGCUGUGGCUGACAUGUAUGGAAACCGAGUUGUUAUCUUCAGCAUCGAUGGUAAACAGAAAAGUACAAUACAGCUUCAAAAAUGUCCACGUGGAAUUGCAGUUGAACCCAUUCACAAUCGCUUCGUGGUUAUUGAGACUUACGAUCCAAAGGUGAAGGUGUUCAACAGCGACAACUCGCUGGCAUACGAGUUCCCAACGGUGCCAGCAGAUGAGGUCGGUAAGCCCCACUCUCCCAGGACCAGGGGUGUAGCGGUCAAGAAGGAUGGUACAAUCCUUGUUACUUAUGACCAAGGAUGGGUGUAUACUGAACACAAACCUAGUAAUGGUGAGCUUCUACGUACCGUACCAGUAAAACUUUGCCCUGCCCAGCUGGCUGUUGACAACAAGGAUCGAGUUAUAAUCAGUAAUUACGGAGCUAGACCAUUCGUGGCCGUUACUGAUGGUAAUAGUUAUACACUCUUCACAAUCGAACCAACCAUCCUCGGAAAACCAGCAAAGUACUGCCUAGAUGUAUACGCUGAUAGCUCCGGUAUAUAUGUUACAAUGCUGGGGCCCCGUUACAAAGGUCAUAUUCACCACUAUGACCUAGAUGGCAGGUUUCUUGACUGCCUCGUUCGGGGUUUGCAUAACCCAUUAGGAAUUACAUUCACGCCAGAUGGGCAGCUGGCAGUGGCUGACGAAGUAUCAGUUAAGAUGUUUCACAAGGUGUAAUGCGACAUUGUACAUGUAAACAUUUGAAUACAAUAGGUGAAUGGCAAAAGCGGGUCAUCGAAACAAAAAACAAUUUGGCGUAUGAGUAUUGCGAGACACCCAAAAAGGAAUUAACUUAGAACUCUUGGCAAUAGAUUUCAAAUGAAGCUACAUUAUGGUAAAUUGAAAUACAUGUUGUAAUUCCAAAUGUACACUGCGAUAGCCCAGGCCUGCCUUCAUCACACCUCAAAGUUCAGCUUACAAGCCUUUUUCUCCCUCCAAAGUCAAGACCACUUUCUCCAAGCUGUUUACUAAACUACACCUCCCACAAUCACUGUUAGCACUCACAGUUAUUGCAGAGGAGGGGCGA